AAGACCCUCAUAACAGAGCUGAGGCCCAAGUCCAGUGUGCCACCAUACCCCACCCCAGACAUUACUCUGGGGUCUGCCCGAGGCCAUCAGUGUGAAGAUGACCAGUGCCUUCCUAGCAUGACUUCCUUGGACCAUGUGAUUGCUACCCACCAGUCAGAGUGGGUCUCCUUCAAUGAGGAGCCACUCUUUCCUGUUCCUUCUGAGGGGGGCACUGAAGAGCACCUCCCAGGACUGUCUUCUUACUCAGACCGGUCUGAGAGCUCCUCCGGGGAGAACCAUGUGGCACAUGGAGGCUCUCAGGAACUUUCCCACUCAGAGCAGGAUGACUCCUCUGAAAAGUUGGGCCUCAUCUCUGAAGCGGCGUCACCUCCUGGGAGCCCCGAGCAGCCCCCACCUGACCUGGCCUCGGCCUUCAGCAACUGGGUUCAGUUUGAAGAUGACACACCCUGGGCCAGCACGUCACCACCUCAUAAGGAAACAAGGGAGACAGCCAUACCAUUGACCAUGCCCUGCUGGACGUGCCCUUCCUUCGACUCCUUGAGGAGAUGCCCUGUGACCUCUGAGAGCAGCUGGACCACACAUUCUGAAGACACCAGUAGUCCUAGUUUUGAUCCCUCAUACACUGACCUGCAGCUUAUCAAUGCGGAGGAACAGAUGAGUAGCAGGGCUUCUCAGACUGACUCGACUGACAGUUCUUCCUCACUCCAGGAAGAUGAAGAGGUAGAGAUGGAGGCUGUGAGCUGGCCGGCCAGUAGUCCAGCCACGAAUGGACACCCUGCAACUCCAGUGACUUCUGCUCGUUUCCCCAGCUGGGUGACUUUUGAUGACAAUGAAGUCAGCUGCCCUUUGCCACCAGUCACCUCUCCCCUGAAGCCAAACCCACCACCUACUGCAUCUGUGAUCCCAGAUGUACCUUAUCACUCAGCUGGGUCAUUUAAGAAGAGGGAACGUCCCAAGAGCACAUUGAUGAACUUUUCCAAAGUUCAGAAGCUGGACAUUUCCUCCUUAAACCAUCCGCCUUCCAUAACCGAGGCUCCACCUUGGAGGGCAACCAAUCCUUUCCUGAAUGAGACUCUGCAGGAUGUACAGCCUUCCCCCAUCAACCCUUUCAUUGCUUUUUUUGAGGAGCAGGAGAGACGCUCCCAAAACAAUUCCAUUUCCAGUGCCACAGGCAAAAGCCAAAGAGAUUCUCUCAUUGUCAUCUACCAAGAUGCCAUCAGUUUUGAUGACUCAAGCAAAAACCAGUCACACUCUGAUGCCGUUGAAAAACUCAAACAACUCCAGAUUGAUGAUCCUGAUCACUUAAGCAGUGCGACACUACCAGAUGAUGACCCGAAAGCCUGGAUUGAACUAGAUGACCACCCACCUGGUUCAGUGCUGUCCCAGCCCAGGGAUGGAUGGCCAAUGAUGCUAAGGAUACCUGAGAAGAAAAACAUCAUGUCGUCUAGGCACUGGGGACCCAUCUACAUCAAACUGACAGACAGUGGUUACUUGCAGCUGUAUUAUGAGCAGGGCCUAGAAAAACCAUUCCGUGAGUUCAAGCUGGAGAUCUGCCAUGAAAUUUCAGAACCCCGGCUCCAAAACUAUGAUGAGAAUGGCAGGAUCCACAGCUUGCGAAUAGACCGUGUCACCUACAAGGAGAAGAAGAAAUACCAGCCCAAACCUGCUGUGGCCCACACAGCAGAGAGGGAACAAGUGAUCAAGCUGGGCACCACCAAUUACGAUGACUUCCUCAGUUUCAUCCGAGCCGUUCAGGACCGGCUCAUGAAUCUGCCAGUGUUGUCAAUGGACUUAAGCACAGUGGGCUUGAACUACCUUGAAGAGGAGAUUACUGUGGAUGUCAGGGAUGAGUUCUCUGGCAUUGUGAGCAAGGGAGACAACCAGAUUCUCCAGCACCAUGUCCUGACACGGAUCCACAUUCUGAGUUUCCUCUCUGGGCUUGCAGAGUGCCGCUUGGGCCUCAACGAUGUCCUUGUCAAAGGGAAUGAAAUAGUUUCCCGGCAGGACAUCAUGCCGACCACCACCACAAAGUGGAUCAAGCUCCAUCAGUGCCAUUUUCAUGGGUGCGUGGAUGAGGAUGUAUUCAACAACUCACGGGUUAUUCUGUUCAACCCUUUGGACGCCUGCCGGUUUGAGCUAAUGCGGUUCAGGACAAUAUUUGCAGAAAAGACCUUGCCUUUCACACUCAGGACAGCAGCAAGCAUCAAUGGGGCAGAGGUGGAGGUGCAGAGCUGGCUGAGGAUGUCAACCGGCUUCUCCUCUAACCGAGACCCUCUCACCCAGGUUCCCUGUGAGAAUGUGAUGGUUCGUUACCCCGUGCCCAGUGAGUGGGUGAAAAACUUCCGCAGGGAAAGUGUCCUGGGGGAAAAGUCUCUAAAAGCUAAAGUGAACCGGGGGGCAAGUUUUGGUUCAACUAGUGUAUCUGGUUCUGAGCCUGUCAUGAGAGUAACUCUGGGAACUGCCAAGUACGAGCAUGCCUUCAACUCCAUUGUGUGGAGGAUAAACCGACUGCCUGACAAAAACUCGGCUUCUGGUCACCCACACUGUUUCUUCUGCCACCUUGAACUUGGCUCUGACCGGGAAGUGCCUUCCAGAUUUGCCAGUCACGUGAAUGUUGAGUUCAGCAUGCCCACAACUUCUGCCUCUAAAGCUGCCGUAAGAUCCAUCUCUGUGGAAGACAAGACUGAUGUCAGGAAGUGGGUCAAUUAUUCUGCACACUACAGCUACAAGGUGGAAAUUGAGCAAAAAAAGAGUUUGAAGCCAGACUUUGAAGGAGAUGAAAUGGAAAAUCCCAAGGAGUGUGGGGUCCAGUGA